AAGUAGGUGACGUACUUCACGGCGAUUGGUGGACGGUCUGUGGGUGUCUGGCAGAAAAGUGUAUAAAGUGGCAACAGAAACCGGCGACAAACCAGUCCCACUUGCGGAGACAAACCUUUCGUACAAAUCCGUCGACAGCGAGAGAGAAGAUCCAGACCCGAACCAUGACGUAUCAGCAGAAGAAGCAGCAGCAGAAGCGCAAGGCAUCCCUGAAGAAGGGUACCGGUGGCGGCAAGGCGAGGAGAAAGUUGGUGUUCGAGGAACCGCAGCCCUGUCCCGAAGAGACCGAUCUCAACGACACGUUAGAGCUGGAGGAGCUGCUACAGCUGCUGAAGGACGGGGAGGACCAGCCAUCAGCACGGCCGAGUACUCCGACCGACCAGCGCGACACCAACACCUUUGGCAACGGCGGCAGUGUAGAGACUCUCCGACGGGCCCAGAACGUCGUUAACGCCAGGGCCUCCACGUCGUUCACCCCGAGUAUCGUUGGUGGCGAAGAACCGCCUCCACGUCAGAACACCAACGACAGCGGCAGCGACCUCUUCACCGGCGGGUUUCACACGUCUUUGGGGGAGAACUCGACAGAGGUACGGCUGCCGCUACACGACAACGUGUUCAUAACGGUCGGGGUGUUCAAGGAUCGACCAUUGAUUUCCGUUCGACAAUUCUACUCAAGGGCAUGGGAUCCAACCACCCUGAGACCUGGGAAGAAAGGGCUGAGCCUCACCCCAGCGCAGUGGACUACACUGAAGGACCUACGGAUCUACGAGGCCGUCAACGACAUCACCUUUUCGGCUCUACCUCCGACAACUAGCGUAAAACAGCACAUGUUCAACCUGGGAAAUCUGCGAUACGCGGUGGUCGAGCUGAUUGACGGCCAGCCGUCGGUGGGGUUGUGGCAGUAUGAGCGCAGGUCCAGUGACACCACCACCGACGACGACCACGACCUACUCCGUACGGAGAAAGGGAUCAGCCUGACUCUGCAGCAAUGGCAGGCGGUGGAGGGCAAGAAGAAGGCUGUAGAUUGGAUCAUGAGCGCCGUGGUCAACGGGAAAUCUCCGCUGGACUCGGAAGUGCUCAAGGGAAUCCAGUUCUAGUGUUAGGUUUGUCACCGAUAUGUAAUAAAGGUACCUGUGCCAUGUACACAGGAAGAUGAUUUGAAGUGAAAAGAAUGUGUCCGUCUCAGUGUUUGGAAUGAUGAAUGGGUAUGCUUGUAUGCACGAAUACGUAACGGGUUGUGUGAAUGGGUAUAAAAGAGUAUGUGCAAACACAUAGGUAGGUUAGUUGGUAGGACAGCCAUGUCGAGUAAGAAGGUCGCGGAACCGUGUUACUGUGUAGAGAAGUUUUGUAAUCGAUGCAAUACACAAUGUCGGAUAUUGUGUGAGACACACACUGACAAAUGUGAACGUUGUGUGUUAUCUUUAAAACCCGACUACCUUCGCGCUGAAAAGGACGAACAGUGUCUUUGGUGUAGACGUCGACUACCCGGCUGGUUUGUACACCGACUCUGUAAAAACUGCUGUGAGAUGAGUGCGGAAGAAAUCAGAGACACCGAACGCUCGACGUAUAAAAAGCACCUCUGCACCGCGCAGAUGGUCAGUUUGAAAGUGACACAGCUACAAGAAACAUUACCCAUGGGGUGUCUGCGAAACGUGUAUCAGCUGAGGGAAGUCUUCUUGAAGGCAUUGGAGCGACUGCACUGCGCUUGCAUGUGUGUUGGCGGACGACUUUUCGUCUUCUUUAAGGGACUUGGAUGGUUUCCACUAAUCGCAGGAAGAGGGUUCGGAAAGCGAAAAGAACCAGAGACGACACCGAAUCAAAAUCCAUCGAGGGAAACUUCCGAGACAUCUACUAUGACCCCCAAAACCCCGCCGGAUAUGGAAGUGUUGACCAACUCUAUCGAGCUGUGAAACGAUACGGAAUCAAGAGACGUCAAGUGGAAGAGUGGUUACGUUCUCAAGACACCUACACCCUACACAAACCGAUCAGGCGUAGAUUUAAGAAAACCGAGUAAUAGUUGGUGGCCUGAAUAAUCAGUGGCAGGCAGACCUUGCCGAUUUGACAUCGUUGGCUAAGCACAACGAUGGCUACCGUUACAUACUGACAUGUAUUGACGUGUUAUCAAAGUUUGCCUGGGCCGUUCCCAUCAAGGAAAAGAAAGGUUUAACGCUGGUUCAAGCCUUUCAGUCCAUCUUGGAUGAUGGUAGAAAACCCCGGCGGUUGCAGACAGAACAAGGCACGGUAAUUUCUGAAUCGUCACUUUCAGACACUCUUAAAGAAAGAGAACGUCGAAUUCUUCACAACAUUCAACGCGGAGACAAAGGCAAGCGUCGUAGAAAGGUUCAAUCGUACUCUGAAAACUCGCAUGUGGAAAUAUUUCACUGCAAAUAACACACGCCGAUACAUCGAUGUGUUGGACGAUCUUUUGGAGGCCUACAACCAUUCAUACCACCGCAGCAUCAAAAGAGCCCCUGUAGAAGUAACCGAGAAGAACGAAGGACUCGUGUGGCAUACCCUGUACGGAGAAGGUAACACCUCGAAAACCGCUGAAAAGGAGAACACCAUUUAAAUUCAAAGUAGGAGAUUUGUUUCGAAUCAGCAAAUCUAAAAUGCGCAUGGAAAAGGGUUAUACACCCAACUGGACCACGGAGAUCUUUACCGUCUACGAACAAAUCGCCCGUCAUCCUCCCGUUUAUCGCGUGCAAGAUUAUCACGGAGAGAAGUUACAGGGGACGUUUUACGAAGUAAGAGUUGCAGAAAGUGGUCAAGAAAGACGACGACGUCUAUCAAGUGGAGAAAAUCCUAGACACGAGACGACGCGGUAAGAAGACGGAACAUUUUGUCAAAUGGAAAGGAUACCCCAACAAGUUUAACAGUUGGGUGAGAGAAGAGGACAUGGUUCCGAUAUGAUAAAUACCGACGCACGACCGUCACGUCGGACAUUUCAGAGAGGCGCUUCGUCAUGGCCAACUCGUUUUACGUCACGCUCCCCAGCGACGGUAGUAUGGAUAUCUUUCCAGAAAAUACCGUCACAAACUAUCGGACCAAACUGGCGCACCCCAUAGAACUUUCGGGCGAGUGGGAGGUGGGGCUCGUCGAGAUACAAUAUCCACACAGCUGGCGUAACGUUCGAGAGGGCGAAAACACGCUGUUGUCUUACGUGGUGGACGAAAAGGUGCAGGGAAGUAAUAGGGAAUACGACAUCGUCAAAAAUCCCUAUAGGAUACUAAGAGAAUAUUC